AUGUCUCUCGACGACCUCUUAUCUGCCUAUGAAACUGUCGAUUCGAUACGUCUCAACACUGCGACGCCUCGGCCACAGACUCCAUGGAACGCUUUGGCUGGCACCCCAAGUCGAGGCUCGAUAGACGCUCGGCUCUUUGACAGUACGUUUCCAUACUUUGGGCUGCCUGGGACUCCUCUGCUGCAAAACCUUCCGGUACACGCACACAGGGCUGUAUCCACACCCAUUGCCACACCAACGCCAGUGGCUGCACCCACCCCCGAGGAAACGUCCACGCCUGAGGCUGAGCAUGUACCCGAAGCUGCCUUCACCCCCGAGGCCCCUAACACGCCCAGGGCUACGUUCACGCCCCAUGCCACGAUCACUCCCAAGGCUACACCCGUACUUGAGACGCGUGAAGACCCCUUUUGGCAAGAUCUAGUGGCAUCAACAUGUGAUGCUAGAUUAGUGAGCGAUUUUGAGAGCGUACCGCUCGACUGUCAGUUUGAGACCGCGGAGCUUCCACAACCCAGCGAUUCGACGGGGGUAGGUCUCUGCGACGACGCCGCGUUCGAGCACAUGAUUCGGUCCAUUCUGUCUGCCGGUUCUCUUUGCCCACAGCCUGCAUGGUCUCAACGUUCUACGACGCGCGCCAGUUCUUUCGAUUCACCAUCAUCUAUCGUGCCGCCACUCGUCCCAACCGGAGAUCUGGGUAAUCCUGGCGAUACUACCAUGCUUGAUGUGACCGACACGACAUACCAAGGCGCGUCUCAGUCUCCCGACAGCGCGUCCCCCAUUCCUAACGUUCAAGAUCACGAGUACUACCCAUCCUCUGUUCAAAACUGGCACAAUCCUCCCGAUGGCAAUGCGUCUAACGUUCCCAGCAUGCAGAGUUUCAACGAUUUCUAUUCGGCCAAUCAAGACGGCCACCAAUCUUCCGCCUACGCAUCCGCCAUUCUCAACAUUCAGCGUAUGAACGAGUUCUACUCCAGUCAAGGCUGGCAUGAGCUUUCUGUUAGCGAGUUUGCCAUUCGCAAUAUGCAGGGCUUCUUCAACGACGGUCCCUCCUCCGGGCCAGAGUGCCACCAGCCUUCCAGCGACGAACACGACAUCCACAACAUGCAGCGCUUCAUCGACAGCUACUCCUCUAGCCAAAGCUUCCCAGAGCUGUCCGGCGACGUGUCUGCCAUGCCCAACAUACAGGGUCUCGGCGACUACUAUUCCUCCAAUCAAGACAACCACCAACCUUCCGGGGACGCAUCUGCCGUUGUCAACGCUCAGAACUCCAACGACGACUACACCUCUGACCAAGUCCACCCUCAGCCUUCCGAAGACGCGCUCGCUACGCGCAACAUCCAGAACGUCGAUGUUCAACAUUUUGAAAUCCAGAACAUCACCAUUCAGGACUUCGACAGCCAGAACUUCAACGCCCACAAUCUUAAUUCCCAGCGCUUCAACGUCCAGAACAUCGACUUCCACAACCUCAACCCUCAGAAUUUCAACUCCCAGGACUUCAACUCCCAGGACUCCGUCACUGACCCACAGAACUUCAAUUCCCAGGACCCCAGCGAGUUCGAUCACCCCCACGGACCGCCUGUUCACGAACCGGCAGCACAUGAAGCACACACAACGGAUCGUUCCCCAUCUCCAGCCGGACCUGUUUCGCAACAUCCGACCCCGCCUACACCAGCGCCUUUUUCGCAACCGCCGACCCCGCUUACACCAGUACCCUCUACUACACCAACGCCAGUAAUAGAUAUACCUGCCGAGCCAGCUCCAAGUGACUCGAACGCCUCAACGUUGACCACACCGCCGCUGCCGUUACCAUCGCCGUCGCCGUCGCCGCCCCCGCCCCCAAUACUAUCCUCUGUGUACAGGGACGACGUGGAGUCCGUCCUCCGCAGGGAGUUCAACAUCCCACAAGACACGGAGGUCGAUCUACGCGCGCUCGCGGAUCCUCCGGCAGACAAGCCGCCACCGUAUCCCUACAGGACGCUCGUGUGCCUCGCGAUAUGGGGUAGUCCGCUGAAGCGGCUGCAGCUACAGGGGAUAUGGCAAGCGCUGAUCGACCGGUUCGACUGGUACAGGCGGUAUCCGAAAGACCGGGUGUGGAGGGUGCGUUUUUUCGCAGUCUUUUUUGUGUACACUCAGUCUGAUUCACCGGUCACAAUUAUGCUGGUGUACGCCGACGUCAAACUCGAACUCGAACUCGCGUCCCGGCGGCAUCGACAGGAGAACAUCCGCAACGUGCUCGUGAAGACGUACUGGUUCGUCGCCGUCGAGGAGGACGGCACGCCCGUGGUGGGCACGCGCCGCAAGGUCUGGUGGCAGAUCGACGUGUCCGCCGGGAAGGGCGUGAAGAAGUCGCAGAAGGAGCGCGAGAAGGCCGUCGAGCGGACCAGAGCCAAGCGCGCGGCGGCUCGCGCUGCCCUCGAUGCAUCCACGCCUGCCCCGACCCCGACCCCGGCUCCAGCCGCGAUCCCGAUCAAGUCAGACCGUGAAGUGGAGACGAUUCUCCGCUGGGAGCUGCGUGUGCUCGCGCCGAAACGGCUUGACCUGUGGGCGCUGGAUGAUCCCCCGCCGGGGCAGGCGCCGUCGCACCCGUACAAGACGCUGAACUGCCUCGCGAUAUGGGGCAGCCCCAAGAAGCGGCUGAUGAUACGGGAGAUCUGGCAAGUGUUAAUGGACAGGUUCGAGUGGUACAGGACGCACCCGGAGGAGAAGGGAUGGAAGGACAACGUCCGCAACACGCUCACGAAGCUGAAGAUCUUCGUACCUACCAAAGAGGACGGCACCCCGUUCGCAGGUAGAGGCGGGACGAAGUGGUGGCGGAUCGACGUGACAGCUGGGCCGGGCCGGACGAGGCCCGAUCCGCGCUGGCCAAAGAAACGCGCCGCUGUCGACAAGGCACCGACACGGCAGGGCUCGAUGAUCGCCUCGGAGACCGGCGACGGCUCUCAGGAGCAGUUGGACGAAGCGCGGGGGAACUCGCCAGUAAACAUCUCGGAGCCUGUGGACGCCUCUCGCGGGACAUUGGUGUCGAACCUCGUCCCGCCGCUAGAUGACGAUGAGCUGGAGGCUUCUGGCGCAGAAGAGGAAGACGCUAUGUCAGUGACUAGCUAGAGAGCAUCCGAUUAUUGGUCAUAAAUGCUACUUAUUGUGAUAUGUUUUAUUGGUAUCACUGAUUGCAUUACAUGCAUUUCCUAUACACUACGAAACACGUAAUUAUA